GUAGAUAGAAAAUUGACGUUAUAUUAUAUAAACCUUUUGUAGGCUAUCGAUUUUUAUUAUCAUAAACGUUACCUUACGGUAUCAAAUUACCCAGAACAAACAAGAUUGUGUAUUAUUUUGACUAUUAUUGGAUUAGACCUUUUUAUGAUCUUUCAACAUUAAACAUUAACAUGGCUUUAAAUUCUAAAUUAUAUAUGUGUUUCUGUGCUUUAAUACUUUUAUGUACUGCUAAUUAUUUUAUUUUCAUUAUGAGCAGAAGGGAAUGUUACUGUGAUCGAACUAUUUUAAAAACUAUAAAUACACUGGACGUAAUAAAAAGAUCCAUGCCAACAUCUAAAUUACAGGAACCGGAACUGAAGAAAAACGAAACAGAGAAAUGUGAGACGUGUUUUGGAAAAGUUCCCGAUUGCAUUGUACAGUAUGGUUUGCAUCGCACUGCAACAACCUUACAGUUCCAAAUAUUGUGUUUGAUUAUGGCAAUUUUGCACGAAGAUGAAAUGAACUCUGUUGGAUGCUAUCAUGAAAAGAAAAAAUCCACGAAAUAUAACGUUAUAAAAACGCAUAAUGUAAGCCGUCUUCUGACGAAAAUUCCGUCUGAUACUUGGAUUUUCAUGACAUCAAGCGAAGCCUUGACAUCUGAGGAAAAACAUGAAAUGAGUAUGAAUAGACAGAAAGUUCGUAAUAAAAACUUUACGGUUCCAUAUAUUGCUGAUAUCGAUUUGGUAUCCAAACGUGGUCACAACAUUGUUUAUGAAUACCAGACCUUUUUUGGUUUAUCGAAUGAAACAAUACAGCAUAUUGUUGAAUAUUUCCGCUACUGGGAUAUACUGCGAAUAUGCUGUGGAUUACAGAUGUCCUCAGAUUGGCGAAACCAACUGUCACCAAGUGCAAACUACAUAACACGUCAUGGUCUGCAUAGUCCAUCAUAUCCUGCAUGUGAAAUGUACAAUAUAUCUCAAGUUGAACAACUUCUCAUAAACACUUACGCCUUUCGGAAAUUUGCACAUAUUGACUCACUUCGUAACGGUAUUGGAAAGUUGUCAGAUUUAGACGGUACGUUGGAUGGAAACUAUUGUAGACGUUGUAACGCAAAUAUUUCAAAAUUUCAUCUAGAAAUAAAUCAGAAUUGUGUAUGAAAGGUUAUUCGCGCGUUUACGAUUCGUAGAUGUACAAAAUAAGAAGUAAGCAGUACGCAUGUCUGUAAAACUAUUACAUUACAACCAAAACUAUGUAUAAUUUUACAGUUCUGGCAUUGAUAUAAUCUAGGUCAAGUUUGACAAUGGGUCAUCUAGGAUCAAAAAGUAGGUCACGAGGUCAAAUCAAAGAAAGACCUUGUGUAUGCGAUAUAGGCUGUAUUUUUCAAUUGAUCUUCAUGAAAAUUGGUCAGAAUGAUUGCCUUGAUAAAACCUAAGUCAAAAUUAGAUAUGGGUCAUCUGGCCUCAAAACUAGAUCACUAUGUCAUAUCAAAUAAAAUGCUUGUUUAAACUCAAGAUAACACAUUUUUGGUCCAAUUCUAAUGAAAAUUGGCCAGAAUAUUUGUUUCCAUGAAAUCCGUAGGUCAAACAUGUUUACACUGUUAUGGUGUGUUUCUCAGGUGAGCGACCUAGGGCCAUCUUUGCCCUCUUGUUUGUUAACCAAUUGAUAAUGUACUCGAGUAGUUUACACGUAAACAAUGGAGAAAAUGGGUGGAAAAUAUUCACAUUGAUAAAAACAGAUACAACGUUGAAGAUAUUCCUGCAAACCAAAUUCUGUAGCCCACCAUCAUCUGCUUAGAUACUGUGAAGAAUGCCGACACACAGCACGUGAGAGUUAACUAUCUUAAUUGACAAGAGACAGAUCUGGGCGUUUUAAGCGAGGUCUGACCAGCAUGAUAACGAUGGUGCCUUUUCGAAUGCUAAAAGUCUUAACUAAUCGGUGGUUCCCGUGUUCAAUAAAUUCAAUAUACAAGCUGAAAACUUCGACGUUGUAACUCAAGAGAUUUUACUCGAAAUUUUCUAAUCUAUAUUGUCGACUUACAUAAGUUAAAAUGUCAUGUUAAUAAUAAAUCAAAAAUCGUUAAUGUUCAUUUCAAUACAUUAAAAGGCUUAAACCACAUUGAAUAACUGGACAACUAUUGAAAACCAUUUAAUGCAAAAAUAAGUAAUGUAUUCUCAAGUUUUAGUUCUGAAACAAUAGGGAUAUUUACGUUACCACAGGAUCAAGUAUGAUGUGUUUAUUGAAGACCUACAUGUUUACAGAUACUUAAAAAUAUUCAUGUACAAAUCUUGUCAUACCUGACGAAAAAUAUGUUUUGGUAAAGGUUGAGGGAGUUGUUUUUUAGUUGUUUUUUGAAGAUUUGAUAUUUACGUUACAGAUCUGUUAAGCUGAAAUUCAGCAUUUCUUUUUAUACUGUCUGUAUGGCUGAUGCAAAAUGUUAUGUAGAUAUUCUUGAAUUUUGUUAUUGGUUCCUUUGGGUAUGUUUUUCAAUGACUAUAAAAAUCAUAGGGUAAAUUUUUUAUUCCUAAAAUCAUUUAAUUUCGAUAUGAAAUUACACUGUUUUCAAAAUGGACAAGAACAGAUAUCCAUAUGCAGAUAAGUAAUCUAACUAAUACUUUUUAAAAUGUCUGCUGGCCUAAAAUAGAUGACUUUUCAACUUUAGAAGAUGAAUUGUACUUUAUGCAAUAGUUUUCAAAGUAUUUAAAUAAAAUAUUUUGCUUGAUAUUUACGUUACACUUAAGUGUUCAAGACAAACCGGGAAGUGUUCCUCUGUAAUGAAAAUAAUGUCUAUGAUAAAUAGAUAUGUUUGACAGUAAUGUUUAAUAGUUAUGAUAGUGAAGUUUGAGGUUUAAUAGUUAUGAUAGUGAAGUUUGAGGGUUUGAAACAAAAUCAUAUUUACCUUAACAAAAAUAUUUAUGUUUAACGUCUUUGCAUUAUGCAUUUUAAGUUAAAUUUGCAUUUUAAGAGGCGAAUUUGGAAAUCUAUAGUUAAAUAAAAACAAUGAUA